GUCAGCCCGAAUCACACAUUAGUCUACACGAUCAGCUCAACAGUCGGCACCUUUUGGUAAUCCAAAUUUCUGUGAACAUAAAAAUAAAAAUCAAGUUUUUUUUUUUAACAUAUAUCGGCUGUUCAAAAUUCUUUGCUCAUGGAUCUUAACAAGGCCGAGAGCCAGAGGCCCGUCGAAGAGCGCCGAUCGGGUGGUCCAGACUAUCUGAGAAUCCUGCUGCAGGACCUCCUGUGCUUCUUCGCCCUGCUCUCGGUGGCCCUGCUUAUUGUGGCCGGCAUCCUGUUCGUCGUGGAGGAUGUCAGUCGCCUGCAGCAGCAGCGUCAGCUCCAACACCUGCACCAUCGGCAUUUGCACCAUCGGGACCAGAACGCCAACGACUCGGGGAAGGCGCCGCUUGAAGAGCCAACCAAACAGAGCCGGCGAUGCUUCCAGCCAUACGCUUGGCUUCGAUUCUUCGGCUGUCAGAAAAAGCAACCUCUAGAGCAGCAGGAAGUAGCCGAAAAGGAGGUGGAGCCCUCAAAACAGGACGACCAGGAGCAGCCAUCAUUCGAUCUCACUCCCACCUAUCAGCCAGUGGAGCCUCUGCGGCUCCGAGCUGGCGGAGACCACGUCGAGGCGGGAGCUGCCAAUAAGCCCCAUGAACAACUGGAAGGUAACUUCAACAGGGUCUAGGCCAACUGGCUCCUUUUCGGACGUUCGAAGUGUUUGAAUGUUCUUAUUAACGCCCCUGCUGCUCCAGAAUAUCGGGUAUUGCAUGAUAGUUUUGUCACUUGAUGUACAGAAAUAAUCGGGGCUAGCUUCAAUCAAUGUCGAUUCGGAGAUAGUCCCGAACUUACAUAACCAUUACCCUUACCAUGCAACAAGAGCUACUCGAAUAAAAACAAGCAAGCAAGCUGCUGGAGGUGAGGAAUCUUUUUGACCCCGUGCAAUUCCAAACUAUAGCGUAUUUCCUGAUUUGCCAUUUGUUGUAAAUAAGCCCAGGGGCUAUCUUCUUUGAAACAGUUCUGGAUAACCAUCUUACUAGUUCUUCUACCAUAUUUACACUACUUGUAUCACUUUCUAUACAUAUUUGGCCAUCAAGAAAUAUAAAAUAUAACAUUCAAAGAGCAAAAA